AGUUUUGAUCAGGGAAGUAUAGAAAUCCUCGCAACCUUGUUACUUGUGCAGUCGUUUCACACUCAUCAAAAUAUCAAGUUUUGGAGUGGCUAGACUGAAUAUAAUACCGAAAUCUCUAUCGAUAGUUAUAUUGCUUGUAUGGUUAUUUGUAUAUAGAAAUGUCCCGUGGCUCGAACGCUGGGUUUGAUCGGCACAUUACCAUUUUCUCUCCAGAAGGCCGGCUCUAUCAAGUCGAAUAUGCCUUUAAAGCCAUCGCCCAGAGUGGAUUGACAUCAAUUGGGGUCAGGGGAACAGACUGCGCUGUGGUUGUCACACAGAAGAAAGUACCGGAUAAGCUGCUGGAUGCUUCCACGGUAUCCAACAUGUACCGACUGACCCCUCGGAUCGGAUGUGUGAUGACUGGUCACAGUGCGGACAGCCGGUCCCAGGUGCACCGAGCGAGGAUAGAGGCCGCGGAGUGGAAGUACAAGUUUGGUUAUGACAUCACGGCUGACAUGCUAUGCCGACGCAUGGCUGACAUCUCUCAGGUGUACACGCAGAAUGCCGAGAUGAGGCCUCUGGGCUGCUGUAUGAUCCUGAUCGCCAUGGACCCGCAGCAGGGCCCGAUGCUCUACAAAUGCGAUCCAGCCGGCUACUUUUGUGGGUUCCGAGCUACCGGUGUGGGCGCCAAGCAACAUGAGGCAAAUAGCUAUUUGGAAAAGAAGAUGAAAAAGAAACCGGACUUAUCCUACGAACGGAGUGUGGAGCUGGCCAUCAGCUGCUUGUCCUCCAUCUUGUCUCUGGAUUUCAAAGCCAGCGAACUGGAGGUUGGUCUGGUAACCAAGGAGAACCCCAAGUUCAGAACACUGACGGAAGCCGAGAUUGAAACACAUUUGGUGGCCAUCGCUGAGCGGGAAUAACCGAACCCGAAUACAAACAGAGGACCAUAAUUCUGACUAGAGGACCGUAGCUAAUUGUUUCAGUGAACCCAUUUCACGCCACGUCUUACAGAAUAAAGCACCAACAGAA